AUGCUCGUCGUCUCGCGAUUGUUCCAGGAAUACUGGCUCCCGCUGCACCAGUGCGACGACGACAUCGACACGCGCAUCAUCUUCUACCUCCCCGACCCUAUUGGCUUUGACCUCGUGGCGUGCGUCAUGGAGGAGGUGGGGGACUACUUGGACGACAAGGGCGUGGAGGACUACGACUUUGAGCCUGUGCAGGACACGGACGGCGAGAUGGCCUUCCACCUCCUCGUCAACCGCGUGUGGCUCGGCGGCAUCGAGGACGAGGUGUGGGAUAUCCUGCACGGCCUCAUCCCGGACUUUGACGGCACUGGUGUGGAGAUUGUCUCGCUGUAG